CUGAGUUGGGGAGUGGGGAACGUGUAGCAGCUUUAGCUCAUUGAAUUUUUGUAGCCGUUUUCGAGCGGUGGAGUAGAUCAACGUCCUUCUACUAGGCUCUGGCUCAAGUUGUGCCGAGUUCCGUCGCAGCCCAGAAGACUCGCCUCUGCAUAAGGCGAAGACAGCCAACUAAGGGAGAUUGUGGACUGCGUUUGCGAGGUUUCCAAUGUAGCGCUCCUGGACGGUGCUGUGAGCAAGCGAUUUUCGUAGAGGUUCUAAAGCAGCAUGUCGCUACCCAGCCUUCCCGAGCAGAAGAUUGCUGAAAAGCUAUCGCUGCUCAACAGCCGUGGCUCGCAGCUUCUGCAUCGGCUAUACAACCUGAAAAAGAAUGCACAAGACCGACUAGGUGUUGUACUGCAGGAGAAGACGUUUGAGAGUGCCAUCAAGUACAUCAGCAGAAAGUUCCCAACGGUGGAGAUCAGGGGCAAUGCCGGUCUCAAUGUCGUGCACUCACAGCGAUCGGAGAUUCUCAAAUUUCUACAGAUCCCGUACGACUUGUUCAAGGACUUCAUGGAGUUCAAGGACAAGGCUAUGGAUCUGUUCAAUCAAAUUUCAACCAGUCAGAUUCGCUUUGACAUCGCUCUCAACUUUGACCUGUGCAAAGGCUACCUGGAUCUUGUGUGUCUGUACUGUCAAAUCUUACUGAUAGUGCCGCGCAUUGAAGAGCGCAAGACUAUCCUGGGCCUCUACCACUGCUGUCAUGAAUACCAGCAUGGCACCGCUGAAGCAUCCUAUCCCCGGAUCGCUCAGUUAGUGCAUGAGCUGGAGCAUCCUCAUCGAAAGAUUGUAGAAGAUCUGCAGAUAUUUGGAAAGCAAGUCGGUGAGGCUAUUUUGACUCUAAGACCGAUCUACAUGAGACGCAUGCUACCAACAGAUCAGAUGAAGACUGGUAACCUGCUUAGUCUGACGUAUGUACCGCAGCACAUGCUGAACCCCACACAGUGCGAGACAAUGCCAUGUGAAUAUCUGUCUCUGGAUGUCUACGCAAAGUGGAUAAUUUUUGGCUUCCUGGCUUGUCCGCAACAAGUCUCGAACAGUCAAGAGUGCUUAGCCUUGGUGAAGAUUCCCCUGCAUGAGAACUACGUCAUUCCACUAUGUCGUGACGAGGUGAUGGCAGUCCAUCCAGCAUUCGAGACUGUCUUCAAACUAAUGAAGAUGGACAAGGCGGAGAAGUGGCUACAUGAAUCAGCAAAAGCAGCUGUUCUUCACGGACCUCGCUCUCAUGUGGACCGGCGGAAUUACUUGCGCAAUGCUCUCAGCGACCUUGUCAACAUUCUCGGUGACCAGCCUGGUUUGCUAGGACCCAAGGCAUUGGUACUACUGAUGGCAUUGUCUUUGGCCAGGGAUGAAAUUGCCUGGCUGGUGCGGCAUGCGGAUGCCCCAAUUCCCAAGAUGAGCAAGACCAAGGUCAACCCGGAUGACAUGCAAGACAGGCAACUGCCAGAGCUGCUCUUCUAUAUGCACGAGUUGCGAGCACUGGCUAAGAAGUACCAGCAAGUUCUCCGCCGCUACUUUGUGCAAUACAUGAACGGCUUUGACCACUCCUUGCUCAGUGAAGUCAUUCAGAAAAUCAUCAACGUUGGUGAUGACGAGUCUGUGAUCAUGACUAGUUUCUUGCAUGAGCUGUCAACCCUGGAUAUCAAAGCAGCGGAGAGUGGCCAGUAUAAUGUUGACUUCUCCAUGCUUCGCUUGGAUUGGAUGAGACUGCAGGCUUACAUGAGUGCAGCACGCAGUCAAUCGCAUCUGCAUGAGAACCGGCAGCUGGCAUUCAACAUGAACACGGUGGUGUUCCACUCACGAAUGGUUGAUCAACUCCAGGAUAUUUUGGAUGAUGUGUCUGAUCUUUCCUUCCUCUACCAUUAUCCAAAGAUCCUGGAGUACACAUUCAGUGUGUGUUCUGGCUCCAACCAAGCCAGGUAUGUGAUUGCAGUGCCACUGACCUGUGCCAUGUUCUUGGAGGGCAACUGCAUGCACUGUCCAGAAGAGCGUGGCGCGUUUGGUGAGCGCAGUGUCAAGGCUGUCAAUCACUAUUUGGAGCUGAUCAGCAAGGAUAUCUCCGGCUUGUUUGGUCAGAUGUGCGACGAGUAUGUGCGCCUCAACGGUGCUCUGUUGCCGUUCAAUGCAACCAACAUUGUGAAGGAUCAGGCGCGCCGUGCCAAUGACAAGUCAAAGAAACAUGGAAUUCAGGAAUUUGUCAUGCCGGGCAGGGAGAGCGAACGCAAGGCUCGUGAAAACUACACCAGGAUGGAUACGAGCUUUUCUCUGAUCAAUGACUUGUGUUACACACUGAAUCAUUUCCCGACGAUCGUCGUCUGGGGCCACACGUUUGUGCCUCGGGAGUUUCUCCUUGGACCUGUUGAGGAGCAAUUUGUGCGGAUUUUGAGCACUCUGUUGAAGUUCCAGCCUGAAGCCAUGGACAUUGCCCGGCCCACGGAGGUCCUGACUGGUGUUAUUGGCUUCAUGACCUACCUAAGAUCUGUGGAGAAUUUCGUGAACAUUGACAUGACACGUGUAUUCAACGUUGUGCUGCUGCAACAAACGCAGCCACUAGACGCGCAUGGCAAUCCCACACUCUGCAGUCAGUACACAGCCUGGUACUUGGAAUCACUGCUACGUAGGGUCAGCACCAGCAACAUCUGCUACUCUCCAAGUCGCAAGUCCUUCAUCAGCAAUCACACCGUGCUGUUCAAGGCUGAAGUCUAUUCUGAUCCACAAGAGCUGAAGGCUCUGUGUGAACUGCUCGGUCCGUACGGCAUCCGUUACCUUGGUGACAAGUGCAUGCACCAAGUGAUGGGCCAAGUUUUGGAGUUGAAGAAAAUGGUGACGAACAACAAGGAGACAUUGCACAACAUCCGUACCAACUACGACAAGCCAGAGGUUUGCAAUGAGAUGAUCAAGCGCCUGAAAGGUACUGAUGAGGUGUUGCAGCGUAUGACCAUCAUUGGUAUCAUCAUCAACUUCCGCAAGUUGCUCAUGGAAUCAAUGCACUCGGUGUUGAAGAAGCGCAUUCCAUUCAUGAUUGGCUCCAUCCUCGACUUCAAAGAACACUUUCCAGCGGAGCAGGACUCUAUGGUGGUGGAUGAGAUGGCCACAAGUGCUGGUAUCGAGUGUACCUUUGACCCUAUCCUAGCACAGUGUCUGCGUGGUCUAUGUGACAAUCCGCAAACUGACUAUGUCACUUGGUGCUUGUUGAUGGUGUUUGUUGCCGUGGGCCUGCCUAACUUGGCGUUCCGAGAGAACUCACUUUUCAGACCCACGCUGGAAGGUCAUGAGAACAAUGCCCACUGCAUUGUGGCAGCCAUCAACUAUCUUUCAGCAACAUUCUUCACACUGACUGGCAACAGCACUGUCAGCGAAAGAAUGAAUGAAUUCUUGGCGCUUGCCACAUCCAGCCUGCUGAAGCUGGGUCAGCUGGAGACUGAGAAAGAGAUGCCGAAAAACAGAGAGAGUGUCUACAUCCUGCUGGGCAUGUUGGUGCAGGAGUCACCCUUCUUGACCAUGGAUCUGCUAGAGUCUUGCUUCCCGUACGCUCUCCUUCGAAAUUCCUACAACCAAGCCUACAAGAAGAAGCCCACUCGCAAGAGGGAAGUCAACACUGAUGCCGGUUAUUAGCCUACAGGCCGCUAUGUACCAUGUAGGGCUUAGAUUGCAAGGAGCACCCGCCGCACUGUCUCCUAUUCGCCAGUACGAAAUGGUGGUGCUGGUGAUGUCGGCAGCUGCACAUUGACUGUUAUAUUUGUCAGUGCCAGGAUUUUUCCAGUUCUGUAUUUUCUUAUUCUUUCCUUUCUGUGUGUGUGUGCUCUGGCAUAUGCACUUAUACAGCCUUUAGCCCAGCAUUGAACAGACGCAUGAUGCAUUGAGAGGUAGCCCGCACAAAGGCAUGUAUUGGGAAACAUCCCCGACGAACAGUUUAAAUUCUAGUCCGGAUUUUAGUCAUUUCAAUGUAGUACUGCCAGAUCCCUGCCAUGUAUUUUGUUUCUGUUUCUUUUUUUACUACUGUAACAACCAUGGCCGAACUCCACUCUGCUGACAGUGGAGAUUACAUUGUGGCAUGUGAGUGUCAUGCGUAUGGACACCAGCGCUUAUCCUGAUCACUUUCUGCAUUCCUACUGCAAAAUGUUACGAUGAUUGCUUUUCUGUCGCUUCACUUGUCAUGGAUCACAGUAAGUUUUCCGUUUCUUUUAGGCAUUGUCUAGAGCAACCGAGCAUAAUCAAUAACUGGUUUAGGUGUUUACUGCAUCCCAAUAUUCUGACUUGCAUCAUUAGCCUUCUUCCCGAUUUCUCCUUGUUGGUCUUGCGGACUGAUUAGCAGGGAAGAAUUUUGACGAUGUGACAAUUCACUCGGCAAGAA